CAAGAAAAAAAUGCCGAGCGGGGCACCACCGGCGUCAGAGAGGCAUGUCCCAGUGCUCAAAGGGUCGGGCUAAAUAGAAGGAACAAGCACACACAACCGUGACGGGUUCAGUGACGGCGACAGUGUGGUGCCCGCUGGAGCUCGCGGUGGGUGGGCCGUAGACCCUGCGCCCCCUUUUCCCCCACAAUCCCCUCGUCCUUUCCCGCUUCGCCUCGUCCGCGCGUCCUCCCUGACGAAAAGCAGCAGCCCAAGGCGCACUUUUGACCGCGGCGGCAGCGGCGGCGACUUGAGAGAAAAGAAGCCGCGCGAGCGCCCAUCUCUCGCUCGGCCGCCGCCGGCUUUCAGGGAGAUUACCACCAGGCGGGCCUGGCCCGCAUCCUGCAGCGCUCGCUCGCGGCGCUCGGCUGCUGCAACUGGAGCCGCCGUCUCGCCACGGCCGUGAAACACGCGGCUGUUCUUCACCUAGUCACGCGACAGUUGACACAAUGACGGGACGAUGAUAUGAGAAGCCAACAACGUCCGCGUUUCUCGAUCGCGCUAUAUAAAGCCAAUCCAAUCUUCACGUCGCUUUGAAAAGUUUGUCGUGCGGUGUCGUGAACGAAUCUUCCACCAGCCUAGCGCAACGCAACGUCUGUCAUGACACGCACAGUUCAGAAACUGUCGCUCGCGCUUCCAAACGUGGCAGCUUUUCGGACAGGGGUACUGCCUCGAUCGUCGUGCCCGUUCGCACAGAAGCGCUCGGCGGGGCAAGAACCGCGUAGUUUUCUUCUAGGGAAGACCGCGUGCCCAGACGCCCGAGUAGUCUCACGUAGUCCCACGGCGAUUACAAACGCCUGUGGCCAACAUGCAAGCGCAAGACGUCCGCUCCUACAGGGCGCGUCUCUCAUUUUGCGCGACCUCCUCGCCCACGCUACUCCACCCCGCUCCGGCGAGCGAAGCACAAUCACAACCCGGCUAAGGUCGGGCGAAAGAAAAUGAGAAGAGCGGCAAAGGCAAAAACAAAAAGCCAAGAGGAACGGAUUCCCAGGCAGACGACGUUGUACGAUAGAGGGUCGGCACCCACGGCCAGCGGGGACGGACGCAGAAGCCGCAGUUCGCGCUUCAUAUAAACUUGGCGGAGAUGCGCGAGCCGGCAGUGGUAGUCGCAGUGCUCCUGGUGUUCUUGACGACGUGUCCGUUCCCGAAAGUCGACGCCGGUGCCGUGGCGGCGGUGCAGCAUGACCAUCGGCGCUCGCAGCAUGAAAGAAGCCGGCGAGACGCCACGACGAGCAAGCCGCCAGAACAGACGCCGGCGAAUCCCAAGGGAUUGGACUUGGGCCCCGACCUGUGGCACAGCGUUCCCCCGUACCUCAAACAGGUGCUGACGUCCAUCGACGACCGGCUGCGCGGCCUGGAUGCGUUCGGAUCGGCGCUGCGGCUCACGAGACUCGACUUCUCGCUGGAGCAAGUGCUGCGCAAGCUGGACUCCUUCGACAGCCGGCUGGGCAGGCUCGAGGCCAAGCUCGACGUGCGACUCGAGAAAGUCGAGGAGGCGCUCAACGGACGCGGCAAGGACGCCGCGUCGCCGGCUCAGCAGCAGCAAGGUGCAGCGGAUGCCUUCCACCUGAGCCGCCGCUUCGACAUGCUCGCCGACAAGCUGAACAACAAGCUGGCCUUUCUGGAGACCAAGCUGGACAUGCGCGCCGACCGGCUGGCCAACAAGCUCGAGCUGCUCGAGCGCGACCUGCAGGACGCCUCGGAGGACGCGCUCGAGAAAAUGGCGCGCGGCGACGAGGCCCGCGCGCGGCUCCACGCGGACCUGUCGCGGCUGGCCGACCUGGCGGAGCGUGCGGACACCGCGCAGCGCCAGACGGCCACCGUGCUGCGCGUCGACGUGGCCGACGUCAUAAAGCGGGCGGACGCCAAGAUGGACCUGUUCAGCCACGAGAUGUUCACGGCGAACACCAUACUGCGCGCGCUGCAGCAGCAAGGAAAUGCCACGCAGCAGGCGGCAUCGUCCUGCCAGGCGAUGUCGGCUGAUGCGCCUAGCUGGGAACAGGUGACCAACCUGACCGAGCUGGUGGAGAAGAUGGUGCGCGUGGGCGGCGAGCAGCUGCGCGAGAUCGACUCGGACGUCGAGAGCUACACGCGCAAGGUCAUCAACGGCAUCUACGAGCUGCGGCGCACCACCGACGAGCUUGUGCGCGGCGCCUUGCAGGACACCGUGGAGCAGGGCAACCGCACCCGGGUCCUGGUGCGCGAGGAGUUCCGCAAGCUGCACGAGCAGAUCGAGCCGCUGCCGCUCAUCGAGCCCCGGCUCAGCAUCCUCAGCGAGGGGCUCGAGAAGCGCAUCGUCGAGCUGGGCGCCACGGUGGACCACAGCUUCGCCACGCUGCUCGUGGCGCAGAACUCGUUCAUCUCGUCCUGCAACCGCAUCCAGGAGGAAGAGGUGCAGCUGUACGACCUGCUCGAGCGCAUCAUCCUCGAGAUGCGCAACCGGUCGCUGGACGACACGCAGCGCAUCAGCGACGAGCUGCAGGGUCACAGCCACGAAGUCGCCGCGCUCCUCAGGGGCGCCGUGAGCGCGGUGUUCGCCGCCGGCAACACCACGCUGGCCGAGGUGCGCAACCUGCUCGGCAGCCGCCGGUCCGACUGCAAGCCGUCGGUAUCCGGAGUCGACGACCCCAGUGGUAACGGUACGACCGGGACGCCAUCUAGUGCGGCUGCGAUGGCGGCUACGACGCCGCUGCCACCACGUUUUGCCACGACGGCGCCUUCCGCAGGCUCCCCCCCUGCUGGUGCCAGGACGAGGGACGGUGCUGGUGGUGGUGGCGGCGGAGGCGCCAGUGGCGUUGUGGCUUCGGCGGCGACGCGGGACUACGAGUAUUACGACGACGCCCUCAAAUAGGGGGCGGCAAGACUCGGCGAUAUGUUCGGUCGUGCUUACAGACGUUGGUGCUGACACCUUGCCGCCACUAAAUGUUGACUGCAUAUAUGCACGGUGGCGAGAAGGGUUCUGCGUGCUGGAAUCGAUGCGCGGCGAAUCGGGCAUGUGCGUACGUGCUACUUGAUGAAGAGUACGCGUAUGAGGUGUAUAUUUCUGAACGCACGUACACGGCCAGCGGGAAGGGGGAAAAACAGACAACCCAAAAUCUGCUUCUUGCAGAAAGCUGUGAUGCCAGCAACACAAAAUAAAUCAGAACUGCGUAACAUGUACCCACAAACUUUCUUCGGGACAAUGCAAGUGCGUUUAUGCGUCUUUUAUUAUGUAAUCGAAUAACGAUGUUGGCAGUGUCUGUACAGCUUCAAGAAGAAUACCUUUUUUUUUUUCG